AUGGAUAUAGCUGACGACUUAAUCCGCCAAUUCCUAGCUGCCCGGAUAAACACACUGCCAAUUCGGACAAACGCGUUCCUAUCAUCACUCUGCACUCGAAACCUCAAGACACAUAACGGCACAAGGGAUUCCAAAGCCAAGCCCCCAGCUCAAAUUGUCCUGGAUUUCAAAACAAGCAGGGCUACUAAUACACCUCCGCAAAAGCAAAAGUACCACCAAUUGAAGAACGAGCUCUUGGCUUUACGCUCUUUCGGGUCCUGCUCGUCAAAUUGGUCAGCUCCAAAAGCUUGGACACAGGGUUUGUGCCCUCCUUGGGCUAAGGCAACUGUGUACAAGGAGAAGAAAAAGAGAGUGAUCUGA